AGCGGCGAGCGGCGAGCGGCGACAUGUUCCGCUGCCGCACGGGCCUGGCGUGCGCCCUGCGCUCCGCAACGCGGGGCCGCGCACACGCGGGCACGUUGUUGCAGCGCUGGAAUGUGCCCCCAGACCUGCAGCUGAGCAGACAAGUGGCUAGCACAGGCGUGCCUGGAAAAAAGGGCAGUAAUUCGGUUUUUGUCCUUAUUAUGGGCUUGUCCACCUUAGGAGCAGGUGCCUAUGUGUACAAAUUACUGCAGGACAGCAAAGAGCGAUACGCCAGCCGGCUCGCGAGGAUCAACCGGCGCUCCCAAGACGAUGACUCCCCUGCCCCGGCUCCAGACACUCAUCCCACGGUCCCAUCCCACGUCCCUUUCCUGCUCAUCGGGGGAGGAACUGCUGCUUUCGCUGCUGCCAGAUCCAUCCGGGCCCGCGACCCCGGAGCGCGGGUGCUGAUUGUGUCUGAAGACCCUGCCCUGCCCUACAUGCGCCCACCCCUUUCCAAAGAGCUGUGGUUUUCCGAUGAUCCCGACGUGACGGAGACGCUGCGGUUCAAGCAGUGGAACGGCAAGGAGAGGAGUAUCUAUUUCCAGCCGCCGUCUUUCUACGUGCCUGUCCAGGACCUGUCUUCUGUGGAAAAUGGUGGGGUGGCAGUUCUGCCUGGCAAGAAGGUUGUGCACAUGGAUGUCAGAGGGAACACGGUCAAGCUCAGUGAUGGGACCCAGAUAUCCUACGACAAAUGUCUCAUUGCCACUGGGGGAUCCCCAAGGAACCUGCCAGCCAUCGAAAGAGCAGGAAAGGACGUGCAGAAAAGGCUGACCCUGUUCCGAAAGAUCGAGGACUUCCGAAGGCUGGAGAAGAUUUCCAGGGAAGUCAAGUCCAUCACAAUUAUUGGUGGUGGUUUCCUCGGCAGCGAGCUGGCCUGCGCUCUGGGAAGGAGAGCACAAACCCGGGGCCUGGAGGUGAUCCAGCUGUUUCCAGAGAACGGCAACAUGGGCAAAGUCCUGCCCGAAUACCUGAGCAACUGGACCACGGAGAAAGUCAGGAGAGAGGGGGUCAACGUCCUGCCCAAUGCCGUGGUCAAAUCCGUCUCUGUCUCCGGCAACCGGCUGGUGAUUAAGCUGAAGGACGGCCGGAAGGUGGAGACUGAUCACAUUGUGGCUGCCGUGGGGCUGGAGCCCAACGUGGAACUGGCCAAGUCAGCGGGGCUGGAGGUGGACUCGGACUUCGGGGGGUUCCGGGUGAACGCAGAGCUGCAGGCGCGCUCCAACAUCUGGGUGGCAGGGGAUGCUGCCUGCUUUUAUGACAUCAAACUGGGCCGGAGGCGUGUGGAGCACCACGAUCACGCCGUGGUGAGCGGGAGACUGGCUGGAGAGAACAUGACAGGAGCUGCAAAACCCUACUGGCACCAGUCCAUGUUCUGGAGUGAUCUGGGCCCCAACGUGGGGUACGAAGCCAUUGGCCUCGUGGACAGCAGUUUGCCCACAGUGGGAGUGUUUGCCAAGGCAACAGCGAAGGACACGCCGAAGAGUGCGACAGAACAGUCAGGGACUGGAAUUCGAUCUGAGAGCGAAACGGAAGCGGAAGCCUCAGAAGUUCAGAUCUCUCAAAGCUCUUCACCAACGCCUCAAGUCCCAAAGCAAGGAGAAGAUUACGGCAAAGGUGUUAUUUUCUACCUCAGGGAUAAAGUCGUGGUGGGAAUCGUGUUGUGGAACAUCUUCAACAGGAUGCCCAUUGCUCGGAAGAUCAUCAAAGAUGGGGAGGAGCACGAGGACCUUAACGAAGUAGCAAAGCUCUUCAACAUCCACGAAGACUGAACUCCGCAGCAGGAACAGCCCGAGGGAGUGGGCUGCUGGCUCUGUGCACCCCUGCACCUUGGGCAGCUUCCUGGGAGCACUUGGGAAUAUUCCACUCACCCAAGCCCACUGUUUGCACCAAUAAAGUCAGAUUGUUGUAGUCA